AUGCCGGCCAUGCUGGAUGAUCCGGCAAGCCCCACUAUCUACCGAGUCUCCGGUCAGCCCCCGUACCCGGACCCGAGCAACCCCGGCUUUCCGGCCGAUAUUACCCCUCGGCAGGUGACGCUCCGUGAUCGUCAGACCGUCGCCACUAUUAUCCCCUUUGCCUCGAAACACCAGGUCCCCGAGUCGCUGAUUGCCUACCUAUGUGACCAGAUCAACAAGGAGAUUGAAGGCGGCGACACGUAUCCCAUGAUGGAGCCGUUCGCCGCCGAUACGUUCGGUUCUUACUGGUUCCAGAACUUCGGUGCUAUUAUGCUCCUUGGAAAUGUUGAACGUGCCGAGGAUGUUGUUGAAGGCAAAGAUUGGUCCCACGAGUGUCUGGGAAGCUUCUAUAUCAAGCCCAACUAUCCCGGCCGCAGCAGCCAUGUGUGUAACGCCGGUUUCCUUGUCACUGAUGCCGCACGUAAUCGUGGCGUUGGUCGUCUCAUGGGCGAGGCGUAUCUAGACUGGGCCCCUAGGUUGGGCUAUACCUACAGCGUCUUCAAUCUGGUGUACGAGACCAAUGUGGCAUCAUGCCGAAUCUGGGAUGCAUUGGGGUUCAAACGCAUCGGCCGAGUAAAGGGUUGCGGAAACCUUCGCAGCUAUCCGGGGCAGUUGAUCGAUGCCAUCAUCUAUGGGCGGGAUCUAUCACCACGCGAAAGCGAGGAACUCGUGAGUGAAGAGCGUUUCGACAAGAUCAAGUUCUACCUCAAGUACGGCGAGUACCCGAACGGCGCUGACCGCGCUGAGAAAAGCAGGCUCCGCAGCGCAGCGACGCACUAUAAGCUACUCGAAGGCGACAAGCUCAUGCUCAAAGAUAAAGAAGUGAUAUCAGAUCCAUCUCGCCAGUUCGACAUUGCUCGCCAGGUGCACGUUCAGCAGCAUGGCGGCAUCAAUAAGACUACAGCUACUAUUGCAGAGAAGUACCACUGGAGUCGCAUCAAGGAGACAGUCAGCGAUGUUAUUCGCAGUUGCGGCGAGUGUAAGGAGCUCGGCAAGACGCCUAAUCCCGGCGGUGCGAGAAAAGCCACCUCUUCAAAUAACCAUGGCGGAGGGAGAAGGUUAGGAGGUGUAAUCGGGAACUCAAACGAUCACCAGGUACAAGCAACGAGUCCUCCGCCCCCACAGAUGCUACCGCUGCAAGAGCACAGCAUGAUAUCGACACUCUCACAACGAACUCCAGACCACGAGCAUACACCAAGUCCAUAUGCUAACCCAGCCGAUAUAUCUCUGAUGGCCCCUCCUCACACUUUGCAAAACAGUGCCAUGGACCAUACACUCCACUCACACAGUCCCAUGCUUCAAGAUCCUCCUAACGACCACCAUCCACAUAAUCACUCUGUAUAUCAACCCAUCGACCCGCAGAUCAUCAACCAAUCCUCCCCGCACGACCUUGGUCCUUUCGAUCAGUACCACUCACCUGCCGACUUCCAAGCCUUGCUCAACGCGACUGAAGAUGUAGGACAAGAUGUUGCGGACGGGGACUUGGUGAUGUUAAUAGAACAGCAUCAGGAUGAUGAUAAUGUCAUGGGUGGGACGGUUGAUAUGGAAGGUAUGGGCGUGGAUGUCGAUGUCGAAACGGAUAAUCAGGGGCUUGUACACAAGGAGAGGAGUCUGUAUGAUGUGGGUUUUGGAGGGCAUGGUGGGUAG